UCUACGUAACACUCGCUCCAUCGUCCUCCUCCUCCGGCUCGGUCUAUGUGUGUAUUUAUUUAUUUAUCCGCGAAACCGAGAGUCAUGGCGGCCCAGAAGAUCAACGAGGCGCACGACCACAUCACCAAAGCAGAGAAAUGCUUGAAGACCAGCAUGACCAAGUGGAAACCUGAUUACGACGGAGCCGCUUCAGAGAUGGCCAAAGCAGCUGUGGCUUUCAAAAACGCAAAACAGUUUGAACAAGCGAAGGAUGCUUACCUGAAGGAGGCCGAAUAUCACACUGAAAACAAAGCACUCUUCCAUGCAGCAAAAGCGUAUGAACAAGCUGGUAUGAUGCUGAAGGACAUGAAGAAAAUGCCCGAAGCCAUUCAGCUGAUAGAGAAGGCCAGCAUUAUGUAUGUGGAGAACGGCACGUCUGGCACUGCUGGAAUGGCACUGGACAGAGCUGGGAAACUCAUCGAGCCGAUUGAUCUAGAGAAAGCGGUGGACUUGUACCAGAAGGCCGCAUCUGUGUUUGAGAAUGAAGAUCGUCUCAGACAGGCUGCAGAGCUGCUGGGUAAAGCCUCCAGACUCCUGGUCAGACUGCGCAGGCUGGACGAGGCUGCUGUGUCCCUUCAGAAAGAGAAGAACAUGUACAAGGAGAUUGAAAACUACCCCACAUGCUUUAAGAAAACCAUUGCUCAAGUGCUGGUUCAUCUGCACCGAGGAGACUUUGUGGCUGCAGACAAGUGUGUGAGAGAGAGUUACAGUCUUCCAGGGUUCAGUGGGAGUGAGGACUGUGUGUCGAUGGAGACUCUGCUGGCAGCGUUUGAUGAGCAGGAUGAGGAUGAGGUGUCGCGGGUCUGCAACUCACCACUGCUCAAAUACAUGGACAAUGACUAUGCCAAGCUGGCCAUCUCUCUAAAGGUGCCGGGCGGCGGUGGAGGAAAGAAGAAGAAAUCUCCUGCGCCUCCUCAAGGGGGCAGCGCAGGACCACCAGCACCUCAAGAGGACGAUGAUUACGAAGGAGGCUUGUGUUAAUUCACCACAUGAAAAGAGUGUGUGUGUGUGUGUGUGUAAGCAUCAGUGUUUCCUCCCUUUGUGUAAAGUGGAGUCACUCCUGAGGAAUUCUGUUCCUGCGUCCCGCCUGUGGGGCUUUUCUGUGCAUUUGAACACAUCAGAAAACUACACACACAGGCCAUGGACACACUUACACAUUUCUCUGCCAUUAGCUGCACCAUAUCUUCGGUUUAGAUUUAAACAUACUAAUCUGUAAAUCUGCAUCAACAUGGUUCCCUUAGAAAAAUAAAUAAAUAAAUACAUUUAAAACUAUAUAUUUUUGGUUUACUGCAAAAAAUAAACUCUGUUAUACACUGAAAUCUGUAUCAAUUUAGUUUCCUCAGAAAUAAGUAAUAAGUAAAUGAAGAAAGAAAGAAAGAAAGAAAGAAAGAAAGAAAGAAAGAAAAAAAGAAAGAAAGAAAGAAAGAAAAAGAAAGUCUUUUGGUUUACUGCCAAAAAAAUAAGCUGUUAUACACUGAAUUCUGUAAAUCUGCAUCACUUUAGUUUCCUCAGAAAUAAAUGCAUAAAUAAAUAAAAAUAAUAAAUCUUGAAAAAAGUUGGUUUACUGCAAAAAAUAAGCUCUUUUACACAUUGUUUCUUAUACUGUGUUCACACCAGACGUGGCACGUACUGUAUAAAUAGACACGUGAGCAUUUUGAGUUUCCUCGCUUUAUUUACGUGUCAAAUUCACUUCACAAUAGAUGUGGAUUCACAUCAUGGGCAGGGCUUCUGUCUGUCCAGUGACUCUAGGUUCGUUGUUAAAUGACUAUCAUGGAUUUUAUUGAAAUAGUAGCUGUGUUUAUGUGCUGUAGGAAGGCUGAAAAAGUGUAGUUUCGUUCGGCGCCGUGUCUGAGUCCACUAGAUCCUUUCAGAGGUGCACCCAGCUCUGAGUUCAUCAACUCCUCCAGAAACUAUACCUGGAUGAUGGAGGCUUUCAGUGACCGAGCCGAGCCCAGUUUGAUGAGCUGUUGUCCAGUGUCAGCAAAGAGGAUUUCCCCUCUGGACACCAACAACAGACACUACGUCAUUAUCACGCCCCUACAAGAGAAAGCUCCUGAUUGGUUAACACGCCGCAAAUGUCUGCUGAAGUUCAGAUUUUCCAAUUGAUUGAUUCGCACAAAACACGAGAUACGUGAGUUAAGUGCAUCAACAAAUGACCGACUUGCGCCACCUCAUUCGUGUGAAUCGCUGGAGGAUGUCUAUCCGUGUCUUUGUAUUGACUUAACAUGUAAAUUACUUGCGCUUGACUGCAUCUGGUGUGAAUGCAGCAUUAUGAUGUGUUGGACUAGUUUAAGAAGCAUAAAUCUAGUAGUAAACUAUUAAAAGGUCAAUACAGUAGGCUUACUAACAGUCACAUUAUUACGGCCUUUUCACAAUACAAAAAGGCAGAUUAAAUUGCAUAAUCUUGUCUUAAAAGUGUCAUUUUAAAUAUAAAUGUUUAUAUUGCAUAUGGUGAUAUUGAUCAACUUUACCGGACAAGUUUUAAGUAAUUAAUCUAAAAUUCGCCAGAUUUUCCGACUCUUUCCUUCAUUCUAAAAUUUCUAGGUUUGUAUAACCCAAUGUUGGGCCAAAUAUGGACAAACCCAACCACUGGGUUAAAAAGUGUCAUGGAAAUUUAACAGAUAAAAAAAUUAUCUGACAUUGAUUACGUUUACACGGACACCAAUAAUCCGAUUUUAAUACGAUUAAGACAAUACUCUGAUUAAGAGUCUAUCAUGUAAACAGCAAUUUUUGAUUCAUUUAAUUCGAUUAAGGUCAUAAUCGAACUAAACAGAAAUGGAAUUUAGUCUGAUUAUUGAAGUGCAGUACAGACAUGUAAACACCUUAAACUAUUACCGUCAUGUAGGAAUUUUGCGACAGGAUAGUCUAUACACACACGGCUGUUUGACACUAUUAUCUGCACCUACCGAGUCAGUGACGACUACAGACACCUGCAUCGUGAAAUGCGGAGGUUUUUUCAUUCAUUCAGCGUGCGGUAUAGUUUAGUUUAAAACUUUAUUAAUCCCCUUGGGGCAAUUCAUUCUGACAUGGUGGUGCUUCACAUAUAACAUGACACAUCAACACUUGACAUCAAGUACAAAAACAAACCUAACAAUAAUACAUCGAUUAACUACAUUUAUUACGUAACCGAAUUGCUUCAGGCACAAACGUAAAUUUAUAACGAUUUGUGGAACAUCUUAUUGUCCUUAGACGUCGACCAAGGGGCAUCCACUCAUAAUGUUUAUUUAAGGGGUGUGUGCUGUCUCCUAGUAUUAUAUGUGCCAUCCUCAACACAUGCUGUUCAUAAUAGUAUGCAAGACUUCGCAGGGGAACUCCCAAAAUCUUUGAGCACUUGACGCCUUGAAGACGAUUCUUAUUUUUUAUAGACAAUAAAGAAAACCAACAAAUAAAGGAAAAAGACGAAAUACUCUCAAUAAAUGAAUUAUAAAAGGUCUUAAGAAUAACUUUCUCUACAUUGAAAGAGUUCAGUUUCCGCAAUAAAAACAGUCUUUGAUGUAUGUCUAGGAAGUAUAGACUUCCAUUAAAACUACACUCUUCCAGCAGUUCAUAGCUGCAUCCAAUAUCUCGUUUGUCAGGGGGGCAUGCAUGAAAUGUUCCUGAAUGAAAGUGAAAGUGCCAAACUGCAGUUAAAAAUGAAAAAAUGAAAAACGUAACACCCGAAAUUACAUAAAACUCCGGAGGAUACGUGGAUAGCGCGGUGGCACAAUGACAUUAAUCAAAUUAUGCGCUAUAACAUGUAAAACAGGAUCAUGAACGAAACAUUCAAAAAGCAGCUCAUAUAAACGUUUCAUCAUAUUAUUGUCUUAAUUAGAUUAAGGCAAAUAAUUUGAUUACUGGUGUCCAUGUGAACGUAGUCAUUGAGGUUGUCCAUUCUCCCCGUCUUGCCGUGGGUUUCCUCCGGGUGCUCCGGUUUCCCCCACAGUCCAAACACAUGUGCUAUAGGUGAAUUGGAAGAACUAAACUGGUCAUAGUGUAUGUGUUUGUGUGUGAAUGUGAGUGUGUGUGGGUGUUUCUCAGUACUGGGUUGCAGCUGGAAGGGUAGCCGCUGCGUAAAACAUGCUGGAAUAGUUGGCGAAUCAUUCGGCUGUGGUGACCGCUAAUAAAUAAGGGACUAAGCCGAAGGAAAAUGAAUGAGGUGGUCCAUAUUUGAUCCAACAUUGGGUUAGGAUGACACAGCGCUUUUUCAGAGUGAAGGAAAGUAAUGUAAUCUGGCAAAUGUUAGAUGAAUAAUUCUGUAUAGUUGAUCAAAUCAUCAUAUGCAUUAUAAAUAUGUACCAUAUGUAUAUUUCUUUUGUUUCAAGAGUUCACACUUAGAUAUUGUUUGACAACUGUUAGCAGGUUUGGCAUGCUGUCCCGGGAGAGAACCCUGAGCUCAGAGAUAGGUGAGCCCAGGGCUCCCGCCUGGUCCAUAGAGCAUAUGAGGGGAGUACGAGAUCAGGUGGUUCUCGAGAGCUCCCCGUGGUAAAAAAGAAAAAAGGAGGAGAAGGGGUGGAUGGGGGGUUUCUUCGGAAAACGAAGAUAAGAGAGUAGUUCUAGCUAGGCUACUUAUAGUGAGUUGGGGUUAAUCUGAUUGGCUAACUAGUGAAUGUAAAUGAGUGGCCAGCUGCAGUCAAUCAUAUCACGUGCUCCUCUCGAAAUUAGUUUGAAAACUUCACUUUUGUUAUGAAGGAAUAGCUCACCCAAAAUGGAGAAAUCUGUCAUCAUUUACGCACUUUUUACUUGUUUUAAACUUGUUUUUGAACACAAGAGAAGAUAUUUUGAGAAAUGCUGAAAACCUGUAACUAUUGACUUCCAUAGUUUUUUUUUAGCGGUCGGUAACUCUGGUGUAAUUUGAACAGGAGCGGGCGGUCUAACAAUACAGCGUUCCCGAUUCCUGAGAUGUUAUUUCAGAACAGCAUAUCUGUGAUUUCCUCAUUAUUAUUGAGCACCAGUAAAGCCAGAGCUCAUGACUGAUACACAUGCUGAACACAUGGACCAGUGCUUUCUGCACAUGCUUUUUUCACACAGUCUGUGAGUGCAUCAUCUACAUAACGGUCCUCACUUACAUUUAGCCUACAACCCUUGCACAACCUACACUUUUAUCUGUUAUCUCUCUCUCUUUUUGGUAGUACCCAAUUUAAAUGUGAGAUUUUGGAAACCAGGUUGGGUCGGGUGAAAACGGAGCGGGUGAAUUAAGACUGAAUAUACAGCGGCAGCGGUCGGGUGUGGAAUAAAAACUUGCAGGAGCGGGACUAAAAAAUUUGUCCUGAGCAGACCUCUAAUGGAAGUCAAUUGUUACUGGUUUUUAGCAUUCUUCAAAAUAUCUUCUUUAGUGUUCAACUGAAGAAAGAAACUCACAAAGCACUUGAAGGAGAGUUAAAAAGUGAAUCAGUUUUCAUUUUUGGGGUGAACUUUCUCUUUAAUUGUGAGGAAAGAGCACCCUGUAUACAGCUGAAGUCAGAAUUAUUAGCACUCCUGUAUCAUCCCACCCCCCGCCCACCCCUAAUUUCUGUUUAACGGAAGAUUUUGCAAAUAAAACAAAGAAAAUGGAGCGGGUCGGGCAGCGGGGGAAUUAAGACUGAAUAUACAGCGGCAGCAGUCGGGUGCGGAAUAAAACCUUGCAGGAGCGGGCGGUCAGUGUAGCUCGCCAUUAGUAGAAAUUAAUAUUAAAGAAUUAAAACAGAAAGCAGAAUUAAAUGAAAUUAAGCCAGGAGAAUUAAUUAAAAAUGAGAAAUUCUGAAUUAGUCAAAAUAAUAGUCAUUUGUGUAAUGGAAAACUGGUGUCGUCACCAUUGAGCUUCAUACAACUUUUAAGUUUACUUGAAAACAUUAUUCCUUAAAGUUUGUGAAUAUUUUGUAAAAAAAAAAUAUGAUUAUGAACACGGUGAUGCUGUGAAAGUGAGUUUACUUGCUAUUCAGAUGCUUUUUCAAUGCAAGCACUGUAAAAGCAUUUAAAGAGGAGCAUUUAGAAAGAGCAGAAUUAUAAUAAUACACUGAAAUAUUUUGAGCUUGUAAUAAUCGCAGACCUUAUUCCACAGAUUUAUCCCUAUAAAUAAUAACUUAAAGCGACAGUUCACCCAAAAAUGACCACCAGAACUCACUUAUUCAAAACCUAUUGGACUUUCUUUCUUCUGUUGAACGCAAAAAAGAUAUUUUGAAGAAUGCUGAACACCUGAAACCAUUGACUUCCACAGUAUAUCUUAGUAUUGAAGUCAAUGGUUACAGGUUUUCAGCAUUCUUCAAAGCAUUUUCUUUUGUUUAACAGAAGAAACUCAAAAUGUUGAUUUUUGUGUGAACUAUCCCUUUAAAAUGAACAGUAAGCAUUUUACCAUAGGGGUUUUCAGUGUAUCAGUAAAACAGCAUCCUUUGACAAUAAUUUGACUCCACAGCUUGAAUUAGAUAAGAAAACAUGCAUUUUUAAAGCUGCUAUGUGUAUUUGAAUAAAUCAUCAUGUUUGAGACGAGAGUCUGUGCAGUUUAUAUUGUAGAAAAGAUAAAUAAAGACUUUUAUUCUCCACAGAUUUAAUGUUAUAGUCGUUAUAUAUGAAAACCCUCAUUAGAAAAGCUUCUUCCGUGGUUUUAAUAUCAUGUUAAACUCAUUUAAUUAUAAACAGGUUCUGUUGUAACCUCAUGUUAAAUUAAACAAUGGAACUGCAGUGUUACCAGUGGAGUUACAAACACGCAUCUUCCAUUGGACAUACAUACAGAUAGCUCCGCCCCUAAAUGCACACCAUUGGUUGAGCUGUUUGAUUGACAUGUCAUUUGAUGCUGCUAGUGGUGCAGAGUUGUAAAGACAUUGGUAGACGAUACUGUAAAUUAUAAGCACUGGAUUUUUUUGACGUGUGUGUGUGAUUAAUGUUGGAUAAAAUGUUUGGAAAUUUUAUUUGAGAAAAUGUCUUGUCACGUGUACAGUAUAUGUUCAUUAUCUUUAUUCGUGAACAGUCUGUGUUGUCAAAGUAAUCGCUGAUAUGAUUUGUAAAAUAAUAUAUAUUAUUGUCCAUUAUGUACAGUAACUUAUUUGAAGUGUGUCAAUGUGAAGUGUCAGACAUAUACAAGCUGACAGACCCAAACAACUUAAUAAAAGCACUGGUAAAGG